AUGGAAAAAAAGUCGGUGCUUUCUGCUUCAUAUAAAUGGAUUGAACGACAAUUACGAAAACGGCGAAGGAGCAGAUAGAUAUGGCACCGUUUUUGUGCUCAAAACCCGCCCCUUCUGGCAACGUAGGAUGAGCAAAAGCGCAUAAAAUUUCAUCAUCUUGUUGCCAAAAAGCAGUCUCACACGAUCCAGGAAAAGAUUACCAGUUUCAAAGCUGUAGAUCUUUUGGUCAAAAACUUGGAAACACUAUAAAAAAUGGACCUUGAAACUACAGACCAGGAUGUACUACCUGAAACUGGUUGUGAGAAAGGCUCAGAGAUUUUGAUGCCUGUUUCACAUGUUAUAGAUGGGGCUCAGCAACUAUCAUGGGAUCAGGUAGUUCAAAGUUCAGUGAGAUUGUUGAAUUGUGAUAGAGAACUGGUGCAAAUUAGAGCCACAAUUAAACUUGGGAGAAUUGCCAAAUCUGUACCAGAGGACAUUCUAGAACAAAUAGUACCUCAUGUGGUUGCCCUCCUAAAUCAUCCUUCACAUAGUCAACCAUUGUCCAUUCAAGAAACAGCCAGUUUUUGCUUGGGAAGGCUUGCACGUAGAGGGGAAAAAUUAAGCUCAAAAAUUGGAGACUCUGGAACUCUUCCUAUCCUCCUUCGACUUUUGCAGGAAUCUGAAGGUAGAACGCAGAGAGUGGUGGUAAAGGCUCUGAGGGAACUUGUCAUAUGUACUCAAAGUAAUCAAGUCAUUCUAGCUAGAAGUGGAGGAGUAGAAGCAAUCAUUCAUCUCAUGGCUUCUUCAUCUGAUGAUAUAAAAAACUGUGCUGCAGAGAUAUUGAGUGCAAUGACAAGCUUGAAGGAAGUUCGACGAGCAAUUGUUGGUAUGCAUGGAAUUCCUGUGUUAAUUCAAUCAGCCAGGUUGGGCAGGAUUGCAUCUAGGGCCAGGGCAGCUCAAGCAAUUGGGCUGCUAGGUGUCACCAGAAGAACUAGAAGGAUGCUUGUGAAUGCAGGUGCAAUUCCAGCACUGAUUGAGCUGCUAAGAGAAGGUGAUUUAGCUGCUAAACUUGUCUCUGGGAAUGCUCUUGGGAUAAUAUCAGCCCAUGUGGAUUAUCUUCGGCCUGUUGCUCAGGCAGGAGCCAUUCCACUCUUUGCAGAAUUGCUUGAAGGAAAUGACCCUCAGGGGAAAGAAAUUGCUGAAGAUGUUUUCUCUAUUUUGGCUGUUGCAGAGGAGAAUGCCAUUGCCAUUGCAGAACACUUGAUCAGGAUUCUUCAAGGUUCCAAUCCUGAAGCAAAGGCAGCAGCAGCAGAUGUUAUAUGGGAUCUUUCUAGUUAUAAGCACACUAUUUCUGUUGUUAGAACUUCAGGUGCAGUCCCCUUACUUCUGAGACUUUUGGAGGAUGAGAGUGAUGACGUUAAAGAGAAAGUGUCUGGUGCAGUUGCACAAUUAAGUUAUGAUCAAGGUGACAGAGUUGCAUUGGCUGAAGCUGGUGCUAUACCAAUACUUCUGUCAUUGUUGCAUGAUGAAUCAGAAGAGCUGAAAGACAAUGUAGCUGAAGCUCUGAUCAACUUUUCAGAGGAUCCAUUACUGAGAGAUAGUAUCUCAGAAGCAUUUAAUAAUCCUGCAUUCCAAGACAUACAAGGGAGGCUUGUCAGGAUACGACAGUCAGAUGAGCAUACAGUUCAAUCUCUAAGGUUUAUGAGUCUGGAGCAAUUUACAGCCUAAGCUUGGCUUGUGGAUGCGACAAGGACUUCAAAAUUACUCACAUCUAGCCCAUGCUUGAUGAUUACUGAAUACCCAUGUACAUAAGGGACAUGACUGGCUAAUGCUCUUAGCAUAACUCGCAGAAGGGAAAACAUUGACAUCAAAUGCACUGUUGGAAACUGUGCACCUCUGGUUAUUUGGGAUCUUAUUUAGAACCUUGUAACUUAUUUGUAAAAGUAUGGAGCUUUUGACAACCUUAGAUUAUGUGGAACCUACUGAACUUUGUGCUGUCUAUUCUGGGGACCGGCAGGCCAAAAUUUACUCCCAAGUCUUUUUGGUUUGAGUCUAUACAGAAAAUAGACACAUGUGGAAUAUAUUAUGAUUUUAAAUACCAUGAAGCCCUCAUAUUUAGUGA